ACACUUUGCAAACAGCGUGUAUUUAAAAAACACGCACAUAUAAUAAUAAUAAUAAUAAAAUAAUAAUAAUAAUACGCAACUAGUAGAAGUCCACUCGGGCUGUCUGUGGUGCUUUUGUACGUUUUCCCGCUGAGGAGUCGAGAGAGCGGGAGCAUUUUCUGGUGCCUCAGAUGUAGGGUGGCUGCAACGAGCUGUUCUCCGCGUCCCCAGGGGCAGCGUUACAUUCGCCCACAGUUGUGUCUUCGCCUUCAGACCAAAUAACAAAACAAAAGACAACUUACAACCGUGACGGUUCAGCCCUCCCCAUGACACACAAAACUUGGUAGGGUGGGGGAAAUCCCUCGGAGUUCUACACUUGGGCGGUCAAACCGCAGAGGCCGAUGGAGCAGAGCCGAGGGGCAGGCGGAAAGUGGGACCACAAGAGAGCGAGGAAAAAUCCUCCCUCAAGGGCUGCCUGAGGAUGUUCUCUUUUACGAACGCUCUCCUUCCCUGGACUUUCCCCCAUCCACGGCGGGUUUCCUCCAUUCCCCUCCCUCUUUCUCCUCCUCUCUCUCUCUGUCGUUCUCUCCAGCGGCGCCUGGACGCCUUGAGCAGAUAAGGAAGAGGAGAGGAAGAGGCAGCAGCGGCAGCGGAGGCGAGAGAGCGUGUGUGUCCGCCGCCGCUUGCGAGAAGGAACCAGCCCGGAAGGGGUGUAAAGAGAGCGAGAAGCCCCCCCCCGCACACACAGUCCCAGGAGCGGCUUUGCUAUAGCUCCUAAUAAUAAAAGUGUCCUCGGUCUGCAUUUGGGCGGGAUUUUUUUGACAGCUGGGCGCAGGCCGCCUCUCGCUGAAUCUCCUGUCUUUGCCCAAGGAAAGAAAAAGUUUCCCGUUUCUACUCCCCACCUCCUCUCACCCUUCCUCAGGACCAAUAACGAGCUGCUCUGAGGUACAGUAGCGGCGGGAGGGGAAGAAGAGGAGGAGGGGGGAAGAAAAGGGAAGCACCAUAGUGUUUCAGUUUUGGGACAACUCUCCCCCCCUUUCUUCCACCCAACCUGUGGAGGGACCAGACUCAAAUUUCUCGCCUCUUGACCCCUCUGCAACCAUUUCCCCCCUUCUCUCUCUCCCCCCCCCUUGCACCGCUGAAGUUCUUGGGAGGGUGUGAAGACCUGAGAAACUUCUUGUUGUGUGUGCAUGAAAAUCACCUGAAGGGUUGGUGAGAUUUUUGGAAAGAGCCAAGGAAAAAAAGGGGGGGGGGACAGGAGGAAGGAAGGGCCGGUGCAGGCGCUGCCGCCGCGAGGAGUUCCAGAGCCAGGGGGUGCACUUGACAAGCAGCAUGCCGAAAUGGGAAAGAAGCUUGUUGGGAGAAGAAACUAUUUGUUUGAAGGAGUACAGCACAGCUGGGAUGUGAUCUGCUGUCUCUUAACAGUAGAUGGCAGGUUUAAGCUGACAACUGUGCCUUUUUUUAACCUGUCAGAAGAGGCAGAAGUGGAUGUGAGAGACAGAGACACUCAGAGCCACACAGAGCGAAAGAGGGCAAGAGACUUGACUUUAAGAGACUCCUGUGCUGACAACUCCAUGCAGCUCGGAACAAGGACAGGAACGACCGAAUCUGGUUUCAUGGGGACAUGGCAGAACGCUGACACUAACCUCUUAUUCAGAAUGUCCCAGCAGGCCAUACGCUGCACAUUGGUAAACUGCACGUGUGAAUGCUUCCAACCUGGGAAGAUAAACUUGAGAACCUGUGAUCAAUGUAAACAUGGAUGGGUCGCACAUGCUUUGGACAAGCUUAGCACGCAGCAUCUGUACCAUCCAACUCAAGUGGAGAUUGUACAAUCCAAUGUUGUGUUUGACAUCAGCAGUCUGAUGCUGUACGGUACCCAGGCCAUUCCAGUGAGACUGAAGAUAUUGCUAGACCGACUCUUCAGUGUACUGAAACAGGAAGAAGUGCUGCACAUCCUGCAUGGUUUAGGCUGGACACUUCGAGACUAUGUCCGGGGUUACAUCCUUCAGGAUGCUGCAGGCAAAGUGCUGGACCGCUGGGCUAUCAUGUCCAGGGAAGAAGAGAUUAUUACCCUUCAGCAGUUUCUGAGGUUUGGAGAAACCAAAUCCAUUGUGGAGCUGAUGGCAAUUCAAGAAAAAGAGGGCCAGGCAGUGGCUGUACCGUCUUCAAAGACAGACUCAGAUAUAAGGACUUUUAUUGAAAGCAAUAAUCGAACCAGGAGCCCGAGUCUCCUUGCUCACCUAGAGAACAGCAACCCUUCCAGCAUUCAUCAUUUUGAAAACAUCCCCAACAGCCUAGCAUUCCUGCUUCCAUUUCAGUAUAUAAAUCCAGUCUCUGCUCCUCUGCUGGGUUUGCCUCCAAAUGGUCUCCUGCUGGAACAGCCAACGCUGAGACUGCGUGAACCAAGCCUUUCAACUCAGAAUGAAUAUAAUGAAAGCAGUGAAUCUGAAGUUUCCCCAGCACCAUUCAAGAAUGAGCAGACAUCCAACAGGAAUGCCUUGACCAGCAUCACAAAUGUAGAGCCCAAAUCUGAGCCAGCUUCUGCGUCCCCAGUUCAGACUUCUACCCCUGUCAAUGAUUUGUCCAAACCUGAACAUACAAAAAGCUCUUUCAGAAUUCAUAGAAUGAGGAGAAUGGGAUCAGCAUCACGGAAAGGGAGAGUCUUCUGCAAUGCAUGUGGCAAAACCUUCUAUGACAAGGGUACCCUCAAAAUCCACUACAAUGCUGUCCAUCUGAAGAUCAAACAUAGGUGUACUAUUGAAGGUUGUAACAUGGUCUUCAGCUCACUCAGAAGUCGCAACCGUCACAGUGCUAACCCCAAUCCCCGACUUCAUAUGCCCAUGCUAAGGAACAAUCGAGACAAGGAUCUGAUCCGUGCUACAUCAGGUGCUGCUACUCCUGUAAUAGCAAGUACAAAGUCCAGCUUAACAUUAACAAGUCCUGGACGACCUCCAAUGGGUUUUACCACUCCCCCGCUUGAUCCUGUGCUACAAAAUCCUCUACCUAGCCAACUCGUCUUCCCAGCUUUAAAAACUAUACAACCUGUUCCUCCUUUUUACAGAAGUUUACUUACACCAGGUGAGAUGGUGAGUCCUCCAACCUCUUUACCUACUAGUCCUUUAAUGCCAGCAACUAGUACAGUAGAGCAGCCUCCUCUGCCUCCUUCAGAUUCAACACUACCUGCAGUGAUGAUCCCCACCCAAGAGGCAAAUGCUGACCUUGCCCCUAAGAAAAAACCAAGAAAGUCAAGCAUGCCUGUGAAAAUAGAAAAGGAAGUUAUUGACACCGCUGAUGAAUUUGAUGAAGAUGAGGACAGUAAUGAUAAUCGAAGUGUGGCUAAUGAUGGUGGUCAUGAUAAUCAUUGUCAUUCUCAGGAAGAGAUGAGCCCUGGGUUGUCUGUGAAAGACUUCUCAAAAAAUGGGAGGAACAGAUGCAUUUCAAGGACAGAGCUAAGAAGGGCAGAUAGCAUGACAUCAGAAGAUCAAGAACAUGAGAGAGACUAUGAAAAUGAGUCAGAAUCCUCAGAACCAAAACCAUGUGAGGAGUCCAUGGAAGGGGAUGAGCACAUGAUGCAUGAAAGAAACAAUAAAUCCAUGAUGAACCAUGACAGGCCAGAUGAAAACUACCAUGAUGCUCCCCAUCAAGAUGAAGUUAAGGUUAAGGAAGAAUUUACAGACCCUACAUAUGAAAUGUUUUACAUGAGCCAAUAUGGACUUUACAAUGGAGGCGGUGCCAGUAUGACUGCACUCCAUGAAAGCUUCACUUCAACUUUCAACUAUAACAGCCCCCAGAAAUUUUCCCCAGAAAGUGAUUUGUGCUCAAGCCCAGAUCCAAAGAUCUGCUAUGUGUGCAAGAAGAGUUUCAAGAGUUCCUAUAGUGUGAAGCUCCACUAUAGGAAUGUUCAUUUAAAAGAGAUGCAUGUCUGCACAGUGGCUGGUUGUAAUGCUGCCUUCCCCUCACGGCGAAGCAGAGACAGACACAGUGCUAACAUAAACCUGCACCGUAAACUGUUGACCAAAGAACUGGAUGACAUGGGACUGGAUACUUCUCAGCCCUCACUUAGUAAGGACCUCCGUGAUGAAUUUUUAAUGAAGAUCUAUGGUGCCCCACAUCAGAUGGGGUUUGACAUAAGGGAAGACACAUCCUCCCCAGCAGGUACUGAGGACUCCCAUCUGAACGGGUACGGAAGGGGCAUAUCAGAAGAUUACAUGGUGCUAGAUCUGAGCACCACCUCCAGCAUCCAGUCUAGUAGUAGCAUCCAUUCCUCAAGAGAAUCUGAUGCAGGAAGCGAUGAGGGGAUUCUGCUUGAUGAUGUUGAUGGGGCAAGUGACAGUGGGGAGUCAUCACACAAAGCUGACGCCCCAGCAUUAGGGGUUGGCAUGGGUGCCGAAGUUCCAGGAUCUCUCAUGUUUAACAGUGUUUCCAUGAGCAACGGGGGGAUUGUGUGUAACAUUUGCCACAAAAUGUACAGCAACAAGGGGACUCUCAGGGUGCAUUACAAGACUGUGCACUUACGAGAAAUGCACAAGUGCAAAAUUUCUGGAUGCAACAUGAUGUUUUCUUCUGUCCGCAGCCGAAAUCGGCACAGUCAGAACCCGAACCUGCAUAAAAACAUUCCCUUCACUUCACUAGACUAGUUCAAAGGUGGACAUGGUAAACGCCAGCUCUCACAGAGGGUUUUACUUCUUUGAACUGCCAUUUACAGGCUAUUAUAUAAAUAUAUAUAAAUAUAAAUAUAUAUCUUUUUUUUCUUUUUUUAACAAAACGGAAGAAAAACACCAGGUGCUUCCCCCCCUUUUUUUUUCUUCUAAUUUUGUUGGUUGGUUAGGAUUUUUAUUUUCUGUAGGUUGGGAUAGUUUGUUUAACCUGGGAUGAAAUUUCCACUGCUUUAAAGAAAACAACCACAACAACCACAAAUGUACAUGCAUUUUAAAGCCCCACUUUUGUUACAAAACCCAUGGUCAUCUCCAAAGAGACUGUUUCAUCUAACUUUGACUGUUGCCUGCAAUCGUAGGAAAAGGAAAGGGGGAAUAUUUGGGAGGGGGGAAACCAAGGAAACGAAGCACUGCAGAGGGGGGGGAGAACAAGUUCAGUCGUCUUUUGUGUAUUUUAAACCUUUGAGAGGAUCCUCAACUACACAUGGCUAGUACACUUGUAUAUAUUGAGCCUUGAAGGGCCCAUCAUGUAAAACAAUUGUAUUGAUGGUGGUUACCUCUUUAUGUUUUGGGGUUGUUUUUUUGUUUUUUUACAUUUACAUCCAGCUGUUAGAUAUGGGGAGGGGGGAGAAUAGUUUGCUGGGUAGCUCUGUUCAUUUAUAUUAGCUUCAGUGCACAUUUAGAAAAAAGGGGGAAAAAGACAACACAAGGUCUUGUUUUUUAACUACCUGUUAGAGAUGCGUAAUGAGGAGGUGCUGGCAUGCUUUAGAGCACCUGAUCUGAUACCAUUUUUUGUUUUUCUUAGGGGUUUUUUUUUUGUCUUGUUACUAUUACAUAAAUCCAGUCAUGCACUUUUUUCUUACACAAUGUGGGGAUGUGUAAUAAUAUCCAUACCCUUUUUUCCCUUAAAAGUAUUGCCAUACUUUCAGUGUCUUAUUAAGAAAAAUACACUUUUGUUAGAAGUGUCUGGUCAGUAUGGGUCGAGAAUGCCGAACAAAAAAGUGUUAAAUGUUGACACAAAACUGCCAACUUUGCACAAGUUUUCAGUAACCAAAAUAUAAUCAGCUGCUGUGGACAGGACAAAAAAACCCUAGGAAUUUGGGAGCAAGAAGAGAAUAUAUAAAAAUAUUCUUCUAAGGUUUUAAAUAUUAUCCACACCUACAAACGUCCAUGGAAAGAAAGAAAGAAAGAAAGAAAGAAAGAAAGAAAGAAAGAAAGAAAGAAAGAAAGAAAGAACGAACGAACGAACGAAGAGCUACACAGUGCAAAACAAUGGAGACAGUACAAGGCAUUUCUUCAACUGAGAAAGGGUGGCCUUUCAGAAAAUAGGUGCCUGAGGCUACAGUCUUAAGCACACAAGGAUGUUCCACUGAGCUGUGUGGGACUUUUUUCUGAAUUGGCAUGCAUAGGAUUGCUCAGUAAGGCCUUGACUAAGUGUUACAGAGCACACAUGGUUGCCACCAACCUACAUCCACCACAUAACAUUUCUCCACUAAUGUUUAGGAAAAGCAAAAUGUUGUGUAAUGUUACUAUGUCAAUGGUUUGCCAUUCCACCUCAUUGGUUACCACUUGCAGGCUGUGUGUGGAAAUGCUAAAUUUGAUUAUAUUACAAUACUUCUUUUUUUUCUCUAAACAUUACUGGAGGAGUACAGUACUAGGCAAGAUGCGGGAGGGAUUGGGUUGACAGAAGCCAUGCAUUGACUGUAGUGUUUAGUAGGGGCCUCAGUGACUUAAGAACCAAAUACAGAUUCCUGAAAUGAAUGUGUGUGUUCUCCACUGAAGACUUGAGCUUUAGUUGCAUUAAAAAGAAAACCAAUUCUGACCUCUGCAAAGUUGUCUGAUGUGCACUGAGAAGUGCUGUAGUAUGAUUAAGGCAUGUUUUUAUAGAAGCAAUCAAAAGCCAUUAAUGGCACAAGCACUUAAAGCUUGGAAAAUGUGUGUUUUUCAUUUUAUUGGGUUACUUCCCUUUUGGAGAAAUCAAAAGCUGGUGGUGGUGGUGGUGGUGGAGACCCAAAACAAAUCUUAAUGUUUUCACCUUUUGUACUUUCCAAACAUGGUUUGUCAGAGAAGAAUUACAGUAAAGUUGGGAAAGAGCACAUCAGAGGAGAGGCCAAUGAUUGAGGAAGACAGGGAGAAGCUGCUCACCAAAUCUUUUUUGUUUCUGGUGUUUACACAUGUUGUCUGAGCAUGGCAAACCACACUGGCAGCCUGCGUUACCACAACAUACUGACUGAAUGAUGAUAUUUACUUAAGCUCAGCCUACAGCCAAGAUCAUUAUGAUGUGUGUCAUAUAACAGAUUUUUUUUUUCAUUUUUAAGGAUACACAAGGAAUAUUUCUGCACACAGUGCAUUGCUAACUCAAAGAAAGUGUUUUCCUUCCUAGAACAUUUCUCUUGUAACUGAGAAACCAGAAAUGCUUGGUUGUCAGCUUCUAAGGUGAAUCUGUUGUGUACUUUCAACUACUGUCAAUUGCGAAUCAGCAUCAACAGUCCAGUCUUAAUUUUACAAGCGGAAACUAUUCCAGUUAAAUAGAUUCCCUCCUCUUCAUUGGCCCUAAUCCACCUAUUGUUAGUUGUGGCUAAAUCUCAUUGGAACCAGUAGGAACAAGUUGGUAUCCUCUAAUCUAAGUCCUAUUGCUUUCAGUCAUGACUAGCUUUAUCUUAAUUGGGCUCAUGGUAUGCUAUAGUAUUUUUUUCUCACAAAACAAAAUAAAAACACUAGUUGCAGUAUCCCCAUGUGUGGGGAAAAACAGAAGAUUUCUUCAUUAACCAAAAUGCCUUAUUUUAGGCCAGAUUUCUUUGUUUUCAAAUAGUAGGCACAAGUCUCGAUAUUAUUUACAGAAUUCAUACAGACUCUUUUAAAAGUGUUACCGACCAGUAUGUCAAAAAUAUGUUUACAUCAAAACCUCCACAAUUUUUGCUGACUUGAUUUUUUUUAUUUCUGCUUUGUCUUUUUUCCAAAGUCUUAAUUACUUUUGUUUAUAAAAUUGAAUGGAGAGAUGCUUUGUUUUGUUUUAUGCUGCAUAUGUAUGGUAUGCUUGUGAAAGGGAACAUAGAAAAGUAAAGGUGUGUUCUUCCCAAACAUAAUGAACCUUUGUAGUGUUAUCUGUACCGCACUGUCUCUUCAAACCCUGCCCUCUGCCCAGCUAUUAGGAACCAAGUGAGAAGAAAUAUUGAAAAGGCAGAACAAUCAUAAACAAAUGGCUAAAUGAUAUCUAAGGAACAAACAAACAAAAAAUCAACACUGUUUUUGAAGUAUGUAUGGUAUAAAUAAAUAUCAUUUUUAAUGAAAAACAUA